GCUCGAAGGGGGGGGGGGCACAGAAUUGGCGCUUCUCAUGCGUGGGCCAUGCCCACAUGGAGAUACUCGGCCGAUGAUGAUGGUUGCGUUGAAUGUGAUUCACCAUCAGAAGAACUUGAAGAACCUGAAAUUUUCUUGCAGAGGGGCCCUGCUCUUACUGAAGAACAAGUAGAUGGAUUGAAUUUUGGGCCGAUCUUUGCUGAAACCAUCGGUCUUGGGGAGACCUUGAAAUCGUUGCAUUCCAGUCUAACUGUGAUCACUGAUUGCUCUGGGGCUGAGUCUCCUAUCGUGGCUUUGCGAGAGAUGUUCCGCCCAGUGAACUGCUCCCACAUGAUUGAACAUCUGUCAUCUUGCGAUAUUUCCCGGGCAAGCCGAACCUUCAUCAAGGCCAACUUUCCAGGAACCACGAUAUAUGAAGAUGUAUUUUCCCGAGAAGUUGACGCCUUCUGUGACCAGGCAGCGCUCUACGUUGCAGGAUUUCCUUGUAAGGCAUUCUCACGGCUUCGAACGAAGUCAGACUGGCUUGACGAUGCCAAAGCCAAACCAUUCUUUGGUUGCAUCUCCAACCUGCGCCGUUUGCAGCCUGUGGCUGGUGUGCUGGAGAAUGUUCUUGGCAUUGAAGUUGUCAUGGAAGAAGUGCAGGACCACAUCAAGCAACAGUUGCCAGACUACCAAUUGUAUGUCACCAAAAUCAACCCGAAAUAUCUUGGAGUGGCUGUAGACAGGAACCGCUAUUAUUUCUUCUUGGUGCGCAAAGAGUAUUUGAUGGGGAACCUGGGUGACAUUGUGGAGCACACCUUGCAGCUCUUGGCCAACCAAUUCGCGAAUUUCAUUGUGCCAUGGCAAAGGUUCCUGAUUCCAAACAAUGUGGUGCAGCAGAAGGAUCGAGACCCCAAGAACUACAUCGACUUCCCAAUUGAUAAAGAGCAGAGCCCUGAGAAACUUUUGAAAUUGGCCCUGGCCAUUUUGUCAGAGAUCAAGCCCAAUUGGGUGGUUUGCGAUUUGUCGCAGAAUUUGCAGCGAAUGCCGGUCUUGACAAGCCCAAGUUCUCCCUUCAUGUGCAUAACGUCAGUCACAGCUGAUGGAAACUUGGGGACCUGGCUGAACAACAUCUAUGGCGACCACGACAAGUUCGAGAAAGUCCUGUCAAGGGUUGUGAUGGACCGACCUCACGAAGGGUUUCCAUCCCCUGUGUCGGUGGAACCGAUUUCUACAGUCAAUGAGUUUGUAGUGGAAUUGAGACAGCUGGACUAUAGCCAACAUGCCAAACAUGGCUAUUUUCCGCAUAUGGCAACCUUGGCGGUGCACUUCAAAAGCAUCUUGUAUCAGGGGUUUGACCCCUACCGUGAACCUUUGAACCUCCGAUUCGUCAGCCAGGGAGACCGGAGCAUUCCCAGUUUUAGCGUGCGCUAUGUCGAUGGCUUUUCAAAAGGACUCAUUUGCCAAUCCAUUGCGGCCAUUGUUGACUUUCUGGGUAUUCCAGAUGAAGAGCUGGAAAGUGACGACCUGUUGCCGCUUUUGCAGAGCAUCCGUUUCUUGAAAGCUCGAUAUACCCACCUGGACAACCAAGAAGGGUAUUUCUAUGAAGCACUUCGGCUGGGGCAAGAGACGGCAGAGAAACAAUUGCCUUCGGCCUUAGACUAUGUUGGAAUUUUCCAGCAAGCAGUUCAAGCUUACAAACAGGGAAAUGGUCGCAAAGUUGCUCCACAAGUGGCUUUGAACUCUUGCAUUGCCGAGUAUAACAAAGGAAUCAAAGUGAAGAAGUACAGGGUGGAUACAUUGAAACGCAAGCUCAUCACCAACCUUUUGAAGGUACCGCCAGAAUCUCUCAACAUCUUAGCAUUGCACUAUGACUUGCAUCGCCACAGCUCUUCAGGCAGGCUUACUUUUACAAGUUAG